AUGUAUAUACUUAUCGUUCUCCGUUUCUUCUUUCUUUUCUUCUUGCUUCGGCACAUGACAGCACGUUGUAUAACUAAAAUGGUCCGCCACGCUCAUUUGUUGUGGUACCCACAUCAUCCUGAAACUUUGCUUAGUGUUAAGCGCUUUGCCUCGAGUGUUCGCCAGCGUAACCAUUACGGUGAGGCAUCACCAACACAACGACCAAGCAGGAGCUUCUCGCCACUUUACGUUGUGGAGCCGUCGACACGAAAAGGUUCGUUUUGGCGGUACCUUCGGACAGUGCGGCAGGAGGCGGUACUCAUUGGGGCUGCGGUGGUUGGCGUUGGGUUUUACAGUUUGGCCACUCUCGCAAUCCCGGCGACUUUUGGGAAACUUAUCGAUUUUGCAGGAAACGGGGAGCUACCGUUGGGGACAUCCAUGCAGUUGCUUGGCUGGUUUACACUUGCCGGUGUUGCCAACUUUGCCAGGCUGGCUUGUAUUGGCUAUACGGGCGAGCGUGUAAUUGCCCGUCUGCGCGGUCAACUCUAUCGUGCCAUUUUUAGACAACCGGCAGCAUUCUUUGAUGUGGCAGAAAACAGCGCUGGCUCACUUGCACAACGCCUUUCCAUGGAUUGUAACCUUAUUGGCGCGUCCCUUACGGACGCGGUGACUCAAGGAAGUAAGAACAUCCUGCAAACGUUUGGGAGCAUUGGUAUUAUGCUCUAUUAUUCACCCACUUUAACAUGUGUGGUGUGUGGCAUGAUCCCCCCUUUGGCCGUAUUUGCUGGGGUUUAUGGAAAAUUUGUUCGCAAACUGCAGCGCCAAAUGCAGGACGCCCUCGCCGUUAGUGGAAGCGUCGCAAGUGAGCGACUAAAUAACAUCCGCACUGUAAAGGCCUUUGCUAUGGAAUCUAAAGAAUCGAAGUGGUACGAAAAGAAGGUCGAUGUAGUCUUCCAGAUAAGCAAGCGUAUGUUGUUUUUCAAUGCUUCAUAUGUUAGUUCGAUCCAGUUUGUGGGGUAUGGUGCGCUGUAUUGCAUCAUAUGGGCGGGGUCUAUGCUUGUGGCUGCGAACCAGAUAUCGUCCGGUGUCCUUUUCUCAUUUGUAUUGUACACGGUUUACUGCGGCCUGGGACUUAUGGGUCUUACCAACUUGGCAACUGAAAUCAACAAAGGAUUUGGUGCAAGCAUACGAGUGUAUGACAUACUUGAUACUGCGGACGAAAUACAAAAGUUACAAGAACAAACGAAAGGUAUGGUUCCUCUUGAGUGCCACUGGAACAUUAAAUUAACUGAUGUUUCUUUCGCCUAUCCGACACGUCCCGAGGUUGCAGUGUACGAGAAACUCAGCCUAGAGAUAAAACCCUCGCGAUGUACCUGUAUUGUGGGGAGUAGUGGUUCUGGUAAAAGCUCAUUGGCAAUGCUUUUGAUGAAGUUGUACGAACACUCAGACGGAACAAUAACUCUGGAUGGAACGGACCUUAAGAGUAUUGACACCCACUGGUUACGGAGCAAGGUUGGGUAUGUUGGACAGGAGCCGGUAUUAUUUGGGGGGACAAUUGCGCAGAAUAUUGCAUAUGGGGCUGAGGGACACGACUGGGAUGAUGCGGUUGAUCGGUGGCUGUAUUCAUCUGUUGUUGAGAGCGCGACGAAAGCUAAUGCCCACCAGUUUGUCACCGCCUUACCUGAAGGUUACAAUACUUAUGUUGGCGAGGGUGGACGGUCACUUUCUGGUGGUCAAAAGCAACGCAUUGCCAUUGCACGGGCUUUGAUGCGUUCUCCCGGCAUUUUAAUCCUUGAUGAAGCCACAUCUGCACUUGACAGUGAGUCGGAGAUUGUGGUGCAUGAAGCCGUCAGUCGGCUCAUUGAGGAUGCGAAGAAGGGGAGUGAGAAGCGAACAGUACUUAUGUUUGCCCAUAAACUUAGUAUGAUACGUAAGGCUGAUCACAUUGUUGUCUUGGAGAGGGGUCGCGCCGUAGCGCAGGGAAGUUUUGAUGAAGUUCGGAUGCAUCCUCUUUUCUGCCAACUUGUGGGACUGCCUUUACCUCAAAGUGUCAGAGAGCAGCAAUCGGAUACUCUCGAGGCAGGGGCGGAGGUGUGA